AUGUUGUUUCAGGAUGUUGUAACUGUGAACGAAUUUGUGAAGAAAAGCCAAAAAUCAGUAUACCUGGAAAGGUUUGCUGCAAUUCCAGCAACGUUGGAGGAGCUACAAGUGUUUGGUUUAUACUGCAGCUUCCUAGCAUUGCUGUUGAACGUGGAAAUGCAAGCAUUGUUCAUCAAAUUGCAGAAAAAUGGAAUUUAUAUUCCAAAGGAGAUGUAUGCUCAAGAAGAAGCUGAGAAAAAGGCGUCUAAAGAUAAGAAGAGCUUGGAUGUUGGUGCCAACCUCUUCAUUGGAAACCAAGCCCUUCAUUGGAAACCAAUAUGCAUGCAAGAUUACACAGAAGCUGCCACAGUUGUGUUUCUAUUCUGCGUUGCAGAUGGAAGCUUUGCUAAAGCCAAGCCCUUUUCUUAG